GGAAAAGCGAUAUCGGGAGCUGUUAUUACAUGAACCAAGCCCGUUUUAAAGGGGGUUACAAACACAAGGAUGGUGGCUUUCUGAUUUGAAAAUUACAAGUGUCCUUCAGGGGCUCCUGAAAAACUCUUUUGUUCUGGUAAACAUCAUGUGGAGUUGUCUGGCUAUAGCUGAGUCUUGAGUUUUUCACUGGGGAAAAAAAUGGGAGAUCUGGCUUUAUUUGAUCUUUUAGAGUGUCCGGUGUGCUUGGAGAAGCUAGAUGUCUCAGCCAAGGUGCUUCCCUGCCAGCACACAUUCUGCAAGCCUUGCCUUCAGAGAAUCUUGAAAUCGCACAAGGAGUUGAGGUGUCCUGAAUGCCGAACCUUGGUUCUCUGCAGCAUAGAAGAACUUCCAGCCAACUUCCUUUUAAUUCGCUUACUGGACGGCAUCCGAUUUGGACCAAGUGUAAUGAAGUUUGGCUCACUUCAGAGAUCUGGGGUUCUUUGUUCUCCCAGCUCCAUCAGGAGAAUCAGGGGAGAUCCAAGAGGUUUACAAUUCAGUCAAUACAGGCUGACUUCACAUCCCAGGAUCCCUAUGGAAGGGGUUCCUCGAGCUAAAGCCCUAUACAGCUAUAGAGGACAUAACCCUGGAGAACUAAGGUUCAACAAAGGUGACAUUAUUAUAUUGCACCGUCAGCUGGAUGAAAACUGGUACCUAGGAGAGAUCAAUGGGAUCAGCGGAGUUUUUCCAACAAAUUCGGUACAGGUUAUCAAACAGUUGCCACAGCUGCUACCCCUAUGCAGAGCACUAUAUAACUUUGAUCUGAAAUCCAGGAAUAAAAAUGAUAAGAUGGACUGCCUGGCUUUUCAUAAGGGUGAUAUAAUCACUGUAAUCAGCCGAGUGGAUGAGAACUGGGCAGAGGGCAAAUUGGGUGACAAAACGGGAAUUUUCCCCAUCUUGUUUGUAGAGCCCAACACAGCAGCGCGACAACUCCUUCAAACAAGUAAAAGUCUGCAGUCUUCGCCCUUACGGAGAUCCUUGCCUAGAGCAAAAUGCUUGGGGUCCCCAGCUUUCUGCAAAGAGUCAGAAUCUAGAAAGAAGAGCAUGAAGCAGUUCUCAAUUACAACUGCCUUAAAUACUCUCAAUAGGAUGGUCCAUUCACCCACAGAGCGGCAGUCUUUGGAAAUCAGCUCUCCGGUGCUCAUCAGUUCCAGUAAUCCGUCUGUGACUACCCAGAACAAUGAGAAAACAGAAUUGCCAUACAGCACCCCUGUCCAGGUCAACACUUCCUAUUACUCCACACCUGAAUCCCUGGGACAUUCUACUGCUAUUGUCACUCUUCCCCACUUCCAGCAACACCUACCAGUGAAUAUGUGUGUUGCUCUGCAAUCCUACACAGCUCAUGGUCCAGAUGAACUAGAGUUGCAAAAAGGAGAAGGCAUUCGUAUUUUGGGGAAAUAUCAAGAAGGCUGGCUAAAGGGAAUGUCAUUGGUCUCAGGAAAAGUUGGGAUCUUCCCCAGCAAUUACGUCACUCCAUUUUUCAGGAAAUCAUCAAGCUUCCCUGAUUCAAGAAUGCCUUCCCUUUAUGCUACUUGGACAUUAUCCACUUCCUCACUUUCAUCCCAGGGAAGCAUCUCAGAGAAUGGCCCAAGGCAAAGCAGACCUUUGAAAUCCGCCUUCAUGCCGACAUCUCUGGCCUCACCUGUGAGGGAGCUCUCUGUGCCAACUGCUUCAGGGCAAAUAGCAUCACAGAGGAGAGGACGUGGCAGCAGUAGGAAGAAUGGAUCUUUACAGAAACCUAUGCAGCCUGGAACUCUUAUUCCAUUCAUCAGCUCCCUGAGGCGCACUCCUGCCACCCCACUACGACCCCAGCAAUCUCCAGUAUAUCAACAUAUCUCCACUCUGCCCCGAGGAGCUGGCGCAGCUGAUACAGGAGCCAAGCUGAAUUCCUCCCAUGAUUCUUCAUUAGUGAUAGUGCCCCGGAGUGGAAGCAGCAGAGCUCCUUCUGUGUGCAGUUCUGUACUAGACACCAAAGAAUUGCCAACAAAAGGCGAAUUGACUCUAAAGCCACCUGCAUCUGCUCCACCCUCCAUAUUGGUGAAGCCAGACACCUCCAGAAACACUACUGAGAAGCAAGUGAAAACAGUGAGGUUUCAGAACUACAGCCCUCCACCAUCCAAGAGACACAGCUCUCAGCUUUCACCCAGCCUGCCCAACGGCAAGAGUGAGCAAGGAGGAGCUAUUGACACCACACAGACGGAAGCAGCCAAGGGCCAUGAUGCAUCAGCUCUCUAUUCCCACCGCAUUAGCUCUAGUCCAGUUCAUCAAAGAAGGAUGCUACAUCCCAAGACCGCAUCACUGGACCUUUCUAGCCAAGGAGGUCACCUGACCUUUCCUACAAAAAAGAGUUAUAACAACAUCUCUGAAAACUGAAAAAAGUUAAUCCUACUUAAUUGCUUCACUUUGGGAAAAAAUGCUAUUGUCCUUUGCUGCAAGGGGAGAAACCCCUACGUAUGCUAUAGAUAAACACUUCUUCAGUGUAAACCUCACAGAAGAGUUAGACCUCUUUCAGGAAACUACAAGAGCGGAGAUGGUCAGCAAAUGACUGAUAGAUACUUCUUAUCCCACAUUGUACAGAAGAGUCUUGUUUUGUGUAGCUUUGAUCUACACCUCAGCUGCAAGAGUGUGUCAUGGUGGUGCAUUUUUCUCCAUAUGCAAAGACUUAUUGUAUCUACCAGAGGCAAUCCAUAGACACAAGUAGAUGCAAAGAGGGUUGAGAGGAAAUGAGAUGACGAGUAUGGAGGCCUGUUAAAAAGCCACAUCGAUCUAGUAAGUUCAACUACUGUGCACUACAAUUGGAAAUGGGAAAAUCAAUCAUCUUAGGAGACAUUAGACCUUCUUUGGACUGCACUGUUCCAUUCCAUGGUGGAUGAAAUAGUUCCUCACCUCUCUGGCUCAGUUUUCAAAUUCCCCUUAUGCUUUGUUUCACAUCUCAGUUUGCACAAGAAGACUCCAGAGUUAAUUUAUAUUAUGAUUUUAAGUGCCUUUUACGAAUCUAAAAUUUCCCAACCUCCAGCAUAGUUAAUCAAGAUAUGUAAUGAGAAACAAGCCAUGCAUUGGGUCUUCUCAGCAUGAAUUUUGGGUCCUGCUUCCAUGAACCAGCUGAUUGCUGUGAUGACCGGGCAGUGCACCAUGCAUCUAGCGGCCUUGUGAUUCAACAGUGAUGAAAUUCCACAUGAUUAAAAAAAGAAAUCCUGUACAUGCUCACACUCAUAUAUAUGGGUGUGUUUGAAGAGCAGUUGCAUGUUCUUCAUGAAACAGUCAACCUCUUUUUAAAAAUUUAUGAUCUGACACUGCAAUCUUAGGCACACUUACUUGGGAACAAGCGUUGGUCAUUUCAGUGAGAUGUAGUUCCAAGGAAACAUGAGUAAGAUCUGACUAUACAUGUCUCUUCUUACAGUACAACUACACACAAAUUUUUCCCAAACUCAGAAGCCCCAUGUUGUAAGCCGCAGUGUUCAUCCAGUUUCCUCCUAGGCCUGCCUGAUCUCUCACUCAUGUUUUACUCUCAAUCCCCAAGCGCAGCCUGAAGGACAGUGCCACAGGAAGAUGUGAGCUGCUGUAGCAUAGUGGUUUAGUGGUUGGGUUGCGAAUCAGCACUCUGCUGGUUCAACUCCCACUACUGCCAUGAGCUCUGCAGGUGGCCUUGGGUAAGCCAGUCAUCUCAGCCCCAUUGCCCCAGCUGUAUUGGGGGGAUAAUAAUAAUGCUGACUUUGUUCACCAGUCUGAGUAGGCACUAAUCUGUCCAGAAGGGCGGUAUAUAAGGACAUUUUUGUUAUUAUUAUGUGACUCAGGAUCUUUCAUAAGGUCUUUCUCCUAUCUCACUUUAUUUAUCUUCAGCAGGUUUCAUCUACAUACAUGCUUGCUUGCUCCCAACCUUGCUCACAUUCCCUGCUAUAUAAUCUCAGCAAUAAGCAGAAUUGGAGUGCAGAAUCUGUUUAACCUAAUUGUAACUCACUUUAGAACAGCACUAAAUGUUUAUUUUGUUUUUGCUGCAAGUUCAAAGGCCACGCAUCCUAGCCUCAGUGAGGGAGCCGGCGAUUAUAUGAUAUGUCCUGCUACAUCAUUAUAAUAGAGGGUAGGAGGAGCACACAAUGGAUGUUUACAGCUUGUAUUCAGUAUUUGGACAGCAUCAGAGAAGACCUUUUUCUAUUCAGAAUUCAAUGCAAUUGAAAAUAGAGCUGUGGUUUGCUUGCACCAACCAUCUUUUAAUCUUCAUUCAGAACACAAUAUAAUGCCAGCCACCCAUCCUUUCAUAUUUAUCCUUCUUUGGGGAUACAAAUUAACCCCUAUGUCAUAUGGAAAGCCAGCUCUUCUCCAUCACUUUUGCAAAGACAAGUAUACUGAAAACUUCACAAGGAAUACAAAGCAGGAGGGAGUAUUCAUUUAUGCAAUACUUACGAAGUAUACAUGGCACAAGGUAUAGAAAUAAAUGGUAGUACAGUUUGAUAAUUAUUGCUAGUAGACAUUUGAUGCCUAUUGGCUGCAACAAUUUUAUUGUGCAGAUAAUAUUGGGAGACUAUAAAGCCAUGUGCAUCACAUGUGAACACACAAGUGUCUACCUUGCUACAUGAGGAAACAAAACUGCACCACUUACAAUCUGGUAGAAUUGAUGGAGAUAAAUUAUCAUCAUGUUUGUAACAAGUUCUUCUUUCAAGCAGCUACAUGAGGUUACCACAUUAUAUAUUCACAGCACUCCUCCAAGGUUGGUUAGGCUGAGAGCCAAGCUACAAGUGACGCCUGACACAGG